AUGAAUUUUACUAAUGGAUAUAAAUUAUUUAUAAAUAAAAAAUACAAAGAAGCUUUUGAUUAUUUUGAAGAAUCGAUUUCAGAUACAAGAUCCUGCUUUUAUCUUGGAAUCCUUUAUGAUAAAGGUUUAGAGAUUAAUAAGGAUUUGUGGAAGGCUAAAAUUUGGUAUGAUCUUUGUAUCAAUAAUAUCGAAGAUGAAAAUACACCUGACUAUAAAGCAUAUUUACCAUUAAGCUAUCAGAGAUAUAUUGAAGUUAAUAUAAAUUUACUUUAUUCAUUAAAAAAUAAAAUUGAAAAAUUAUUUGAAAUUCAUGAAGAAUUAUUAAAAAAAUUUAAAUAUAUUAUCGGAUAUUCGUAUCUUCAUGGGGAAAAUGGUGCAAUUAAAAAUGACAAACUCGCUUUUUAUUUUAUGUAUGAUUUAAAUUAUACUUUAGAAGAAAUUAAAAAUUAUUUCAAUAAUCAUAUAUAUGAUUUUAAAAUUUUUUUUAAUUUAAUCACUUUAAGUAAAAAAAUUAAUUUAAAAAAAAUCAAUGAAUACAACAUAUAUCUUUAUAAACAUAAACUUAUUUCUGAAAAUAGAUAUAUUAAAUUUGAUAAGCUAAUAAAUAACAAUAACUUAAUUGUAUCUAUUCUAUAA